AUGUAUCGUUUUCGAUCACAGCUCUUCACGGGGAUUUCUGCUGCCGCCACCGCCCACUCUUACCCCCGCCGCUUCUCGACUCCGUUGUUAGCCGAAGACUCGCCUCUCAGCCGCCCGCCGCACAGACGCACGAGUAAAAAGUGCAGCUCCAUCGGCUGA